UUAUAAUCGUAUUUCUUUCCAUGCAGUGUUACUUUAUUCGGGAAAAGAGAAAAUUUAAUCGAGGAAACCACUUUCAAGUUUCACCCCACAUUUCCCCCUUUCCUCUCCUUUCCUCCUCCUAAGAACAUAGGAUUCAGAGUCUAAAUUUAACUCAUACAUUUCUUGCCUUAUAUGGCAAACCAGAGUUUCCCACGGCUCCUUCUCUGUGGUGAGCAAAUUCUUCAACGAAGCUAUGGCAACAAACAGCGCCGGCGCCGGCGCUUCUCACGUAUUCUUGAUGGAGGACAUAAUGAACAACAUCCUCCUCAGGCUGCCAACCGCUUCUAGCAUCGCCAGAUUCCGAUGCGUCUGCAGAUCGUGGCGGAUUCUCUUGUCGGAUCCCCAAUUCAUCCUCAAGAUCCUCUUCUCCCCAAACAAAAACUCCUCCUCCCACCAACAGAUCCUAAUCACAAGCGGAGCAGAUCCUGCCGCCGCCCCGUCCUGCUACCGUUACUCCUUGCACUCCUACGACACCCUCUCCCCUGCCUCCGCCUCCACGGCGGCAGGGGAUUUGCCGUCCUUCAGCUCCAACUCCGCUCUACUCGUCGCGGGGUGUUGUCGUGGCAUAUUCUGUAUCGUGGAGAUGAAGGAUGGCGGCCCCGACGUCAUUCUCUGGAAUCCGGCCACCUCCGAGACCAAAUUGCUCCCUGUUUCCACCGCCCUGCCUCCACGGCGCAGGAACAUUAAUGAUAAAUAUAUCACCGGUUUCGGGUUCGAUCCCGAAACCAAUGACUACAAAAUCGCCAGAAUACUGUUCUUCCCCGAAGAUGAUUUUCAUGAGUACGACAUUGCUCCGCGAGAGACGUUAAGUGACGUGACAAUUGCAGAGGUGUAUAGCUUGAAAAAUCACUCGUGGAAGAGAAUAACCGUCCCGGAUGGUCUAAGAAUGGAGAAACUCUCAUCUAGAGUCAAAAAUAUCGAUCCUCGCGGUCAAUGGUGCAAUCACGAUGACUCUCAGAAACAGAGCAAGCGCCACUGUUACUGGUUCUAUGCAUGCUUUGCACAUUGCUUUACUCUUUCGUUCGACAUGGUCGAAGAAGUAUUUGAGUACACCGUCAUAACUCUGCCCCCGGUCCUCCGCAACGACACGUUCAUGGCUUCGGAAGGGAGUUUCAUGCUCAAGGACUCUGUAAUUCUCGCGGUGUUUUGCGAUGGUGACGACAACUACUCGAUGUGGUGCAUGUUGAAACACGGCGUUGCUGAUUCCUGGACCCAGUUAUACGCCUUCAGACCGCCCGUUUUUAGCAUGGAAUUUUUAGAGACAUGGAAGGAGGAUAGGUACAUCUGCUCGCGAGAGAGCCGUGGAUGUCAUCCGGCUUCGGACCCUAAAGAAGCAAAAGAAACCGAUGGGGUGUGGGUUUUUUCCCCUUCGACGGGAAAAUAUGGUGAUCGGAUCGAAAUUCAAGGUCGAAAGAGUCCGUUUCAAGCUUACAGAUUUACUCCGACCCAGAUUUCCCUUUCAGAUUUGGAGUAGUUUAUGAUAGACUACAUACGGGAAGUUGGUAUUGAUUGUUAAGUUGGUUUUCUUUGUUUGUAAAGUUUCUUUGGUUGUAAGCCUAUAUCUAUAUGCUGUGCACUUGGUUGAGGAAUAAGAUAAUCGAAGUAUCAAAACCCUAAAGUUUAGUUGAUUUCUUUCCUAAAGUAGAGCUAGUAUCGUAAAUCCUAUAAUGCAACAAUUUGUAUCAGAACCGAAGCUGGUGAAAGAGUCUUUUAGCAAUUGAAGCGAUGUGUACUUGAUUUUCCGAUAGCAGUGAAGGUACCAUAUACAGGCAAGCACGCUGUAGCUCGAUUGACUCGUUUUCACGGUGAUGAAUGGUUUAGUGGUCCUUCACGGAUCAUAUAACCCUUCAGCGAUGGAAGUGUUUGUGUAGGUUCUGUACCCCAUAUCACUAACCCAUAUCACAUUCAUACACCAAUCCGCAACUCGGCAACAAGGCUUUAGCAACGAAAAUGACGGGUACACUAUUAUCCACAGUAGUAGUGAAGGAGUGCUGAAGCUUGAAGGUACUAUAAGCUGCGUCUUAUUUCUUCUUAUGAAAUUUUUUUAUUUGUGCAAUGUUUUCCUAUGCAUCAUUGUGGUACACUUUUCCACACCGGUGGCUAGUGGCUAAGCGAGGACUUAGAUUGAAAAGAGUCUGAAAAUAAUAAGCUACAACUGCUUCAUUCACGAUUGAACUGAAGAUUUCUUAAGAUACAAAAAUAUACAUAAAUGAUCUUACAUCGAGGGGUGGUUGUGACAAUAAUCUUACAUCAGAAUUUGAGGAGGGAUUGAACUUCACGUAGCUCCAUCACCGCUCAACAGGCAACAUGAGGACAUAAAAUGACAAUGCCCAC